CGGAAGGUUGGAUUUCGGUUAGCCAAAUUUCUCUGAUUUGGCUUUGCCGGUGUUAGGUGUGUCGGCCCUGCACUAGCUCCUUGUCUUCCGGUGUUUGGUUCUUCCGUUCCACCCACCCAGGUGGAAGGACCAGGCGUCGGGGGCUAAUGCAGUCGGUUUAAUGGUGGCUAUAAGUGGGUGCGAUGGUUGGCUACGGUUUUUGGUGGCGUUUGAAAUGCCGGUUGUUGGGAUGCCUGCAUUUCGAACGGGGAUGGUUGGCCAGUUCGUCCUCGCCGAGUCGACUCACGGAUGGUUGGAUUUCGGUUUGAUCUUUGCUGUAGCAGCGAAAACUUGCCGUGAAAGCCUUUUCAAUUUGGUGGGUUCCGCCUUUGUCUGCAAUGGUUUCCUUUUUUCUGUACCCUUUCGGUGGCAUCCUUACGUUCCAACUGCUGAGUUCUGUCGUGUGCCUGCUCGUGUGGGAACCAAAGGGUUGGCAUUCGAUUGACGCCAUGGCACCGCUUGUGGUACAUUAUCUGUUGUCUCUUUUCCGGAAAGUUUUGGCCCAUUGGUUGUUGUUGAGUACUCGGGUUUGAAUCCCGUGAACCAUCGAAACUUUGAACGCAAGUUGCGCCUCAAGCCAUUGGGUUGAGGGCACGUCUGCUUGGGUGUCAUGCACUAUGUCUCCCCUCUCGUGUGUGGAGUGGGAAUAGAUCCUGGCCUCCUGGGCCCUUCCUUGGGCGUGGUUGGCCGAAAAUGUUGUCCUGGAUUUUGUUGAUGUCU